AAAACAUGAUCUUGUAUGCUGUGCAACCAGUGCUGAGAAAGGCCGUCUGAUGGCUCUCCUAUUUUAGCUCUGCUCUGGAAUCCGCCGGGCUCCGCCGCCGAUGUCCAACAUGCACCGAGCUGAUGCUGCUGUGGAUGAUGCUGUGUUAAGGAAGAAAGAGCAGAAAGAUGUUGAACUUGAUAAGAAAAUCUUGGCUUUGCGGAAAAAAAACGAAGCACUGAUACGAAGAUACCAGGAAAUAGAAGAGGACAAAAAGCGAGCGGAACAGGAGGGAAUGGCUGUUACCUCCAGGAGGCCCAAGCAGGAUGGACUCACUAUUACCAUCACCAAAGCUCACAACGACAAAAGGGUGGUGAGUGAGAAAAGGGGAAACCCCUGUCCUACAAGCCCUGGGUUUGGCAUUGGCAGUGAGGAAGAGGAGGAGGAAGCAGAUCAUAUGUUCACAUUCAGGAUGGGGAAGAGGAUGCAGCUGGCUGUUACCAUGGACAACAAAGCAAAGGGCAAGAGGAUCGUCAGCGAGAAACGCGCCGAGAGCUUCCCUGGCCCGGGCCGAGUGCCGGACCUGAGCGAGGAGGAGAUGGACCAUUUGGUGGCUUUCCGACGGGGAAGGAGGAUGCAGAUUGCUAUCACCAUGGACAACAAGGAAAAGGGGGAAGAGCGGAGAACAGCAGAGAAGAGGAGAUCAGACAGUGACAGAGGCCCAGAAAGUGACCACAGCCGGAAGGAUGGUGGGAAGCCAGUCCAGAAGAGCCCUGGAGACCCGAGUUUCCCCAUGACUGGCCGGGAGCGCUCGGAGUACAUCCGCUGGAAGAGGGAGCGAGACCAGAUUGACCUGGAGCGCCUGGCACGUCACAAGAAUGCCAAGGGCGAGUGGCGACGGGCUUGGGAUGUGGAGAAGUCGGAGCACAUGUUUGAAGAGGACUUUGUUAAGGAUGGGGAGCCAGCCUUGGAUAAUCCCAGCAGUAAGAAAGGGGGAAGGAAUGCAAGGAAAUUCCAGCACAGGUCCUUUCCUGCGGAUGGGAGAGGUGGAGGACAUCAUGGAGUGAAUGUGAGCGACCCUGGGCCGAAGGCAGUGCCUGCUGUGAGCAGCCGAGCCAAGGGGAAGGACAGACUGACAGGCAGAGCCAGAAGAUGGGAUGCAAAAGAAGGCGAGGACAUGUCUCUUGUGAAGGAUGACCUUGAUGGCCAGAGGAGCCUUGGUAUGGACAGGCGGAAGAGCAGAGGUGACGAGGGGGUGGAAGAGAACUGCACAGCUGAGCUGGAGGAAAAGGGGAAGCAGCCAAGCCUCCAGGAUCACGGGGCCUCCUCCUCACAGCGGCUGCGAAGUGGGAAGGUCCAGCCUGCCCAGAAUGGCCAGAAGGAGGAGCAGAGGGGAGUGAGGGGCUGCAGCACAGAGGUGUCUGUGGCCAGCACUGGGGACUCAGAGCCAGGGCCCAAGCCAAGCAAGGAAGGUGUUGGGGAAGAUGCCAAUGGGAAGCCUGGCACUGCUGACGUCUCCCAGGAGAAGGAGAGCACUGACAGUGCUGCUUCACAGAGCAGCCUUCAGAACACUCUGCAAGGCACCAGGCCUGGCAGUGAGGAGACCUUGUCACUGUCCGUGGGAGCGAAUGAAGAUGGAGCUGGGUUGGAGAAGCAGCCAGCUUCACAACAGGAGUCCUCUGAGAACUGUUCCAACAGCCACGGAGGAAAGCUUGACACAGCAGCAGAAGAUAGACUGGAUGCAGACCAAGGACAGCUGGUGAGCAAAGGAGGGGAAGAAGUGACCCAAACCGCUGCUCUUGAGGGACAGGCACUUGCACUGAAAGGAAGUGAAGAUGCUGAAGGCACUGAAAACCACGAGCCUUUGCCUCCAAGGAAAGCCAGCUCUGACAAGGCUGUUGUGCCUGAACAGGACGUGGCAAAAUCCCAGUCUGGGGAAGGGGACGAGCCGGAGGACUGCAAGGACAAGGACAGUGGGGACACUCACAACUAGCAGAUUGCCCCGGCUUGCCUGAGACAUAAGGUGAGUCAUCUCAUUAAUGCUCUCAGCCACAG